AUGCCUGGUCCUACUAUCUCGCGAGAAAAUCCUGAAACGUACAUUGUAAAGGACAUCGACACGGAUCACCGUUCAAAUUUCGCAAACAAGUAUGGCGAAGUCGAGGUUCGUGGAUAUGUAAAUGGGGAGGAUUUCGAGACUGCCAUCGAAACGUCUGUCAAGGGAACUUGGGCUGGACCACUCUACGGUAAUCUGAAAGAUGGUCUGGUUGUGAAAUAUGACGAUGAUACGAAAGGAGAGUUCAAGUUGUAUUUGAAAAACGGUACUGAGGUUUGGUUACGUGUGGACUUCUCGAGUCUGCGUUUGGGCGAUGACCACAAGCUGAUAACUGUUUGA